UAGGGCCUUUGCUCUUCUUCCAUUCUACUGCAUUUGUGAUUACCAUAUAAUACAUACCCAAUGUUGCAGUCUCAGUUCCACCACCACCAUCACCAUCUCUUCUCAAACCUUCCAAUCUCACUCCCACUCACUCACCACAAACCCACUCUCUCUUCUCCUUUUCUCUACAAACCCACUUCUUCUAUUCUCCACCACUCUGUUUCAGUUUCUGCCAUUCCUCCCUCAAGUUCUUCUUGGACAUGGCUGACCCACCUCGCCGCAGAGCUCAGCACCUCGAUAGACUUAGACGCAGAGGGAGAGGGCCCCAUCGAAAUCCCGUUUCCUUCAACACCUUCCAUUUUCGAUGCCACCGACGACCCUUCUCCCAUCCAAGUCGCUUCCAGCGUGCUCCUCACCGGUGCCAUCUCCGUCUUCCUCUUCCGCUCCCUCCGUCGCAGGGCUAAACGUGUCAAAGAAUCGCAAUUCAGGUCUUCUGGAGUUGUGAAGAAGUCCAUUCAGGAAGAAGCUCUGGAUAGCUUGAAAGCUCUCGGGUCAGCUUCAAUUGAUGCUAAGGGUCCUCCUUCACCUUUUCAGACAUUUCUUGGGGGAAUAUCCGCAGGAAUUAUUGCUCUUAUUUUCUACAAGUUUGCCACUACAAUUGAAGCAUCUCUAAACAAACAAACAAUUUCAGACAAUUUCUCUGUCCGCCAGAUAACAAUCGCCAUAAGGACAUUUGUGAAUGGCUUGACGUACCUGGCGACCUUUAUUUUCGGCCUAAAUUCCCUUGGUUUAUUUCUUUAUUCCGGCCAGCUUGCCAUCAAAUCCAUUGCGGGUGGUUCAACUGAAAAGGAAACUGAAAGCAAAAGCGUUGAUCAGUCAAGUUUAUCAAAUUCACUGGAUGAGAGUCCCGCAAAUAACACUGAGCUGAGCAGCAGAAAGGAAGAACAAAGUUCAAAUGAUGCACAAUAGUUAUGGUGGAAAUGUAGUGAAUUUAAAAUGGAGGAACGGGUCUGCAAAUCUUAUCUGCUUGUAGAGGAUUAUACAUUUCUUCAUAAUCUUUCACUUUGGCGAAUAGUGUUGUAACUUGUAGAUGGUUAGUGUUCUUUAAUGCAGUUACCAGUCCUAAUGUUGAAUAUUAAUAGUAGCUAUAUUCUCUUGUUCUCUCCUUCA